CGGCGCCGGCGCAGUGGCGCGGCCUGAGGCGGCUGGUACCACACCCCCGGGAGGGCCGAAGGGGAGCCAGAAGCAUCCGAGGCGUCGAAGCAUCGAGGCAGCCGGAGGGGAGGAGAAUGGAGUGACAGAGGCUCGGGAGGCUGGGGGGUGGGGGGGAGCCGCGGAAGGCGGGGGGCGGGCGCCCCGGAGGGAGGAAGGAGCGGCGGCGGCGCGGCUGGCCGCAGAGGGGCGAGCUCCGAGCGCUGCGAGCAGGAAUCAUGCGGUAGAGGCGCGGCGGGCUCCCAGCAGCGGCAGCCCCGCAGGCGCUGACAGCCCCGCCGGCCGGCUCGCGCGCUGCCCGCCGGCUGUCAAUGGAGCUGGAAAACAUCGUGGCCAACACGGUCUUGCUGAAAGCCAGGGAAGGGGGUGGAGGAAAGCGCAAGGGGAAAAGCAAGAAGUGGAAGGAGAUCCUGAAGUUCCCUCACAUCAGCCAAUGUGAAGACCUACGACGGAGCGUGGACAGGGACUACUGCAGUUUAUGUGACAAACAGCCCAUCGGGAGGCUGCUUUUCCGGCAGUUCUGUGAGACCAGGCCCGGGCUGGAGGGUUACAUUCAGUUCCUGGAUGCCGUGGCAGAAUAUGAAGUCACCCCGGAUGAAAAGCUGGGAGAGAAAGGCAAGGAGAUUCUGACCAAGCACCUCACCCCCAAGUCCCCAGCUUUCAUCGCCCGAGUUGGCCGAGACCUGGUCUCCCAGACGGAGGAGCAGUUGCUACAGAGACCCUGCAAGGAGCUCUUCGCAGCCUGUGCGCGGUCUGUCCACGACUACCUGAGUGGAGAGCCAUUCCUCGAGUACCUGGACAGCAUGUACUUUGACCGCUUCCUGCAGUGGAAGUGGCUAGAAAGGCAACCAGUGACCAAAACUACUUUCAGGCAGUACCGAGUGCUGGGGAAAGGGGGCUUCGGGGAGGUCUGCGCCUGUCAGGUCCGGGCCACAGGUAAAAUGUACGCGUGCAAGCGCUUGGAGAAGAAGAGGGUCAAGAAGAGGAAGGGGGAGUCCAUGGCGCUCAACGAGAAGCAGAUCCUGGAGAAGGUCAACAGCCGGUUCGUGGUCAACCUGGCCUACGCCUAUGAGACUAAGGAUGCGUUGUGCUUGGUCCUGACCAUCAUGAAUGGGGGAGACCUCAAGUUCCACAUCUAUAAUAUGGGGAACCCCGGCUUCGAGGAGGAGCGUGCCCUAUUCUAUGCGGCAGAGAUCCUCUGUGGCCUGGAAGACCUCCAUCGCGAGAACACUGUGUACAGAGAUCUGAAGCCCGAGAACAUCCUGUUGGACGAUUAUGGCCACAUCCGGAUCUCAGACCUGGGCCUGGCUGUGAAAAUCCCCGAGGGAGACCUGAUCCGUGGCCGAGUUGGCACCGUUGGCUACAUGGCUCCUGAGGUCCUGAACAACCAGAGGUACGGCCUGAGUCCCGACUACUGGGGCCUGGGCUGCCUCAUCUACGAGAUGAUUGAGGGCCAGUCACCCUUCCGCGGCCGCAAGGAGAAGGUGAAGCGGGAGGAAGUGGACCGCCGGGUCCUGGACACCGAGGAGGUCUACUCCCCCAAGUUCUCAGAGGAGGCCAAGUCCAUCUGCAAGAUGCUGCUGACUAAGGAUGCCAAGCAGAGGCUGGGCUGCCAGGAGGGGGGCGCCGCCGAGGUCAAGAGGCACCCAUUCUUCAGGAACAUGAACUUCAAGCGCUUGGAAGCCGGCAUGCUGGACCCGCCGUUUGUUCCAGAUCCCCGGGCCGUGUACUGCAAGGACGUGCUGGACAUCGAGCAGUUCUCUACUGUGAAGGGCGUCAACCUGGACCACACGGACGAUGACUUCUACUCUAAGUUCUCCACGGGCUCCGUAUCCAUUCCCUGGCAAAACGAGAUGAUCGAGACCGAGUGCUUCAAGGAGCUGAACGUGUUUGGACCACAUGGUACCCCCUCGCCAGACCUGAACCGGAGCCACCCGCCUGAGCCACCCAAGAAGGGGCUGCUGCACAGGAUCUUCAAGCGUCAGCAGCAUCAGAACAAUUCCAAGAGUUCACCGAAUUCCAAGGCCAGUUUCAACCACCACAUCAGUUCGAAUCACGUCAGCUCCAAUUCCACGGGAAGCAGCUAGUUUUCGCCCAGGCCACGGUGCCCACCAGCGCCAGCCUGAGCCCCCUGGGAAGCAGAAGAACUUGUGUUCCUGUGGGGCUGUGCCCGCCCUCAGCACCAGGACACUACCCGCGCCCUGGGCACCGGACCGCGAGGGCCCUCCAGGAAUCCCGCACUCAGGUCUGUUCUCCGCGGCAGCCCCCGCAGCGCCUGGUCAGGGCGAUGGGCUCACCCCCACCGGACUGAGCGGCAGAACCCAGCUGGACCCAAUGACUUGCACACGUUUUCACGGCAUCCCAACUAGGACUGAAUUUUAUCUCUAUUAUUUUUCAAGACAAGUUUUGUAAAUUUCUCUACUGUCUCGGUUUACAUUUUGUAUAUUUGUAUUUAAAUGAGAGUCGGACUCCGAGGGUGUGUAUUUUCCGUGCAGCCACAUAAAGCCAUGUGUUUUAAAGACGUUAGGGUGGGGGCAGGGGAUUUACCCAAACAACACCAACACCAACAGCCAAACUGGCUCCAGAUGUCUGGAGCCUGAAGUGAGACAGCGUGUUUAUUAAAUGUAGACGACCA